UUGGUAGGCAAAUUUAAAUCCAUAAAUCUUAAAAAAUAAUACAGAAUUAAAAAUUAUCAGAUAGACUUAAGUAGUAAUAUGCUAUAUUUUAUAUUUUACUUUUAGAAUGGACAAAAGUACUUUUAUGUACAUCUCGGAACAAAUAAGGCCAUACGUUCAGCGAGAAAAUACAAGGAUGAGGGAAGCAUUCUCCCCAGAGAUUCGAAUUGGGAUCACAAUUUAUAAGCUUGCUACAGGUGCGUCUUUUCGGGAGAUUUCCAAUCAAUUUGGAAUGGCAAGAUCAACUGCUUGUGAGAUUUUUUAUGAAGUGUGCCGUCAAAUUGAACUAGUAUUAAUGCCAAAGUUCAUUCGUGUACCAGAAGGACAAGAGCUUUUAGACAAUGUGGAUAAGAUUAAAAUGAAGAAGGGUUUUCCACAAGUUGCGGGAGCUAUUGAUGGUACCCACAUUAAGAUAUUUGCACCACAAAAAGACGCCCAGGAUUAUUUCAACCACAAAUGGUUUUUUUCCGUAGUACUUCAAGCUCUAGUUGACGCAGACGGCAAAUUUAUGAACACAUUU